CAUCUAUGGCUUUAGCAAACAUUAUGCUUCGUUUUCCCAUUUUUCGCUGCAUUCAUUUUCGCGAAAAAUUGCAAUAUUUUGCUUAAAAGUUUGCAAAAUGCAAACAAAAAUUUCGCAUUGGACGUGUAUCAUUUCGUGCGCUGAAAACCUUAAUCUGUAACCUACCCAAAUGUACAAACAUUUUGUUUUUACAAUUAAUUUCUAUAAGAAGAAGCAAAUUAAUUCAAAACUGAUUUGAGUACAAAAUGACUUUUUAAUGGUUCCACAUUUUAUUUUUUUUUAAGAAAAAAGGGAGGGCAAGUUUUUUCCAGGACUGGAUCUUUAUCCGAAUCCACUAAAAGCUGCGAAAAGUGUAGAGGGUUCUAUAAGGAAUUCAGACUCUGCUGCUUUAAGAGGUUUCUCAGGUUUACGAGAAGCUGGCCCAGGGGCUUGGAACUCUGUAUGUACACAACAUUCAGACUGUGAUAGAUUUACGUACUGUAAUUCACAUGGCUUUUGUAGAUAUGUGGAAGAUAAGGCUAUCCUAACUGAUCCAGCUGAAACUGACGGUGCCAUAAGUAGUGGCUCUGGUGUGAAGAAAAGUAGCACUGGAGCUAAGAGGAUUUCAUCAAUAUCUAUAAGAGGCAGCUCAGGUUUACGAGAAGCUGGCCCAGGGGCUUGGAACUCUGUAUGUACACAACAUUCAGAAUGUGAUAGAUUUAUGUACUGUAAUGCACAAGGAUUUUGUAGAUAUGCGGAAGAUAAGGCUAUCUUUGAUCCAUUUGAGAUUUAUAAGUUGAAUGUUGAUGGUGAAACUAAAUCUGAAGAAGGGUCACAUGCUCAUGAUGCUUCAGCUGACAUAACUGACAAAAACGCCAUUGAACUAAAGUCUGACGAAGAGAUCUCCUGUGGUACAGAUGAUGAUUGUCCUGCGUACAGCUGGUGUAGUUCUGAUGGUAGAUGUGGAAGCUGGUUGGAUUUGUGGUUUCAGAAACCAUUGAGGUUAUCUAGGGGAAAACUUAUUACAAGGGCUGACAAGAGAAAUGAGCAUGGGAAAAAAAUCUUGAAUAAGGAACAAAAAAUAGACGGAGCUACGAAACCUACAAAGUCAAAAUCGGCAAACUAUGUUGAGUGUUAUACUUGUGUGGAUGAUUGUCUAGCAACCUAUGAUUACUACCUGAACGAAUAUUAUUGGGAUUGCAGUUGGGAAGUUUGUGAGUACUACUGGUGCUAGUGUAGAACAAAAAAUGUAACAGAUUCCUAUGUCAUACAAGAAUUUUAUUUGAUUUGCAGGAAAAAUGCAACUCUACUAAUAUAAUCACCAUAAAUAAAAUGUUAAAAAAUUU